CAUAGAAGUGUUUGGACAAGUUUUUGAAAAUAAAUAUUGAAGUGAUAUUGUCAAAUUCAAUUGACAUAGGCCUUUAAAAUGUCUCAACAGGGAGCAGCGCUGCAGACCUACAAUAAUGAACUUGUUAAAUGUAUUGAAGAAUUGUGUAGUAAGAGAGAUGAACUUCACAAACAAAUUCUUCAAGAUGAAGAAGAAAAACAGAAAUUACAAAACGAUCUUCGAAUUUUGAGUGAAAAAUUAGCAAAAGUUAAUGAAAGUUUAGCUAAAAAGAUGGCAACUAGAAAUGAAUUUGAUAGAACUAUUGCAGAAACAGAGGGUGCAUACAAAAAGAUUUUGGAGAGUUCCCACACAUUACUGAAUGUAUUAAAGAAAGAAUCUCAAACAUUAAAGGAAAAGUCCCAUGUCGGAUCACAAAGAACAUUAACUCAAUCGUAAUCUUUAGAAACUUAGAUGAAUUAUAAUGAACAGCUGUUGUUUUAUUACCAUAUCAAGAAAGUGUGUCUCUAUCCAUAGAUGCCAUUCUUGUUUUGUCAAUGAUAAUUAUUAAGAUCAUCAAUAUAUAUGGCCUUUAGAAAUUAAAAAUGACUUUGCCAACAAAGCCAAAACAUUUUCACUCCAUUCUUAUUUUUGUGGCAAAUCACGUGACAUAUUCAGGAAUCAAUUACAGACCAUUAUUUGCUUUCAAUAUGUUGUGUAUGUUUUUUUAUCAAAUAUUCCAACUUUUUUCUUUUCAUUAAUUGAAAAGGAAAUAAAUUUAUGUCUUGCUAUUUUUUGGUUAGUAAAUCGCCAUAUGAAACUAUUUAUGGUUCUUACAUGGAAAUUACACAAACGAUCUUAGUUCACAGCCAUUGAGUUGAGCUUGUGAUUCAAAAUGGUUGUAAACUAUGUUUGAGUGUAUUAUUUCCAUGUAAGAACCAUAUGAGUAAAUAGUGAUGGUCAUUUGAAUAAUUGUAACACAGCAGUUCAAGAUGACUUAAAAUUUUGAUAUCAUGAUUUAUUUCUUAAAGAUUUUGUCUACAAUUUAUGAAAAGCAAAUUGUGAAAGGUGAAUACAACCAAUAAUACUGGCAGUAAACCUUGUUAACGUAUCAUCCAUAUUGAAUCGAGAAUGAGGAACUGAAAGCAAACAUAAAAAAGGUACCUUAGUGUCACUGCAUAGAAUGGCCGGCUUGAUGUCUUUAUUCCUUUUCCAAUACCACUAACUCCAACCUCAAAACAUGAAAACAAAAUCUAGACUUAAUAGUACUUAAUUUUAAUUUUUGGACAACUGAAUAAUGUAGAAACUGACAUCAAGAGUAAUAAUAAUUUAAUUUGUAGAUAGUGGCUUCACAAACCCCUUAUAGCCUUUAUAUAAAACAAUUGCUCUGGAUUUUAAAGUAAAUAUUUACUGUGAUAUGUACUAUAAUGUAAAUAAAACAAAAAUUUUUUAGUCUU